GCCGCCCUUGCUGCUGCCAACUGCAACCCUUCAUACGACGUUGCAGAGCCAGGACCGUGUGUCAAGGAAUGCAAAAUCAAAGCCGGCCAGGACAUGUGGGCUCAAUGGACCGAUGACCCAGCAUCCGCAGACUUUAUUGAAUCCUUGAGCUACAAGUGCGAAAGAGGAACCCCCGCCUAUACCACGUACAUGACUCAAUCUGGAAUGUGUGUUAUGAACUGCUCGGCUGACGAGCAAGCUGACUACGGAAACCGCGAGCACGCUGAUUCUUGUGCUUGGUACCAAGAGCACAAGGAUGAUACCUGUGCUGAAGCUAGUCCAAGCCCCUCCGCUUCAGCCGAUGCCUCUGAAUCUGCUUCUGCCUCUGAUAAUGCUGAUGCUACUGAAACCAGCCCUUCGUCCAACGACGACAAU